AUGAGUACUUUGAGCUGGAACUGUCGUGGCUUGGGUGAUUCACGCACAGUUCGGGAAUUAUUGGACAUAGCGUCCAGGAAGAAACCUGAUUUUAUAUUCUUAAUGGAAGCAAAGGUUGGUAGGGAUCAUGCAGAACGUUUACGGGUGCGUCUGGGGUUUGAUGGCUUGUUCUAUGUGGACAAUAGGGGAUUGAGUGGUGGAUUGGCUUUACCGUGGAAAACAAAUAACUCGAUUAGUCUCUUGAGUUACUCCCGGAAUCAUGUUGAUGUACGUGUCACGCUGCCUGGAUAUGAGCCCUGGAGGAUGACGAGCUUUUAUGGUUUUCCACAACAGAACAAAAGUGUUGACUCGUGGAAUCUGCUCAGGAGCAUAAAGAAUCGUUCACCAUUGUCGUGGGUAGUUUUGAGUGAUUUUAAUGAUUUACUAUUUCAGUAUGAGAAACGGGGGCGUUACCGGCAUCCGGAACCUCUCUUGAGAGGGUUUGGUGAGGCGCUGGAGGAUUGUGGGUUGGGCCAGAUCCCUAUGAUCGGUUAUCAAUUUACUUGGGAGAAGGGCAAGGGGACGGAGACCUGGGUGGAGGAGAAGUUGGAUAGAGUGGUGGCGAGUGAUGGUUGGCGGGCACUGGUGGAAGGGGCAAUGGUCUAUAAUAUAUUGACUAGAAGGUCGGACCAUUCAACACUUUUUCUAGAUAUACGGCCCGACAUAGGAGGCAGGGCAGGCAAUCAGUGUUUUCGGUUUGAAAUGGCCUGGUUGGUGGAUGGUGGUUGUAGGGAGGUGGUGGAGGAGGCUUGGGGUAAUGGGGUGGAGGAUUUACAGGCCCGUUUGCAUAGGUGUGCUAUGAAGCUCCAAAGAUGGGGGGUGAUCGUUUCCAUAAGUUUGGGGAAUGAGGAUGUUUUUUGGAGGCAGCGUGCAAAGCAGCAUUGGCUCCGAGGGGCGGAUGCGAAUACACGCUUCUAUCACAUGUAUGCUUCUGCCCGAAAACGUAAGAAUACUAUUUUGCGUCUUAAAUAUGAUUUGGGGAGGUGGGUAGAUGGUGAUGCAUUGAAACCAGUUGUGAUGAAUUAUUAUAAUGGUAUAUUUACUGCUAAUCCGGCUGUGGUUGAUGGGGCUGAUUUCUUUGCUUCGGUUACUCCGUGUGUAACUCAGUCCCAUAAUGAGUGGUUAAACCGACCCUUUGACCCGGGGGAGGUUAAGGCUGCUUUGUUUGCCAUGUUCCCUGAUAAAGCCCCGGGGCCUGAUGCGAUGAAUCCGGGUUUUUAUCAACAGUUUUGGGAUGUUGUGGGGAUGGAUGUGACUGAUUUUGUUCUAGAUUGCUUAAAUUCGGGGUCUUUACCGCAUGGGCUAAAUGAGUCAAAUAUUGUGUUUAUUCCUAAGAAACAGACUCCGGAACUUGUAGCUGAUUUGCACUCGAUUGCCCUGAGUAAUGUGGUGUAUAAAAUAAUUGCCAAGGUUAUUGCUAAUCGUAUGAAGCCUAUGUUGGGUGAUAUAAUAUCUAUUUCUCAAAGUGCUUUUAUUCCGGGGAGGCUUAUCACUGAUAACAUAUUAGUUGCGGCAGAGGUGAGACAUUUUUUGAAUAGGAAGCAGUUGGGUAGGGUUGGUUGGGGAGCGCUGAAAUUGGAUAUGGCGAAGGCCUAUGACAGAAUGGAGUGGUCGUUUCUGAGAAAGAUGCUUGUGGCUCUGGGCUUUGAGAUGGGGUGGGUGAAUUUAAUUAUGGAAUGUGUUACCACCGUGUCGUAUAAUAUUAUGAUUAAUGGGACAUCCGGGGGGCAGUUAAUCCCAUCCAGGGGGCAGUUAAUCCCAUCCAGGGGUCUUCGCCAGGGUGACCCUUUGUCCCCAUAUUUGUUUAUUAUUUGUGCAGAGGGGUUAUCUCUGUUGUUGCAGCAAGCUCAGGAUAGGGGGAUUUUCAUGACUAUCAACUAUCAUAAGUCAAAUAUUUGCUUUAGCAAAAAUACUCAAAUUGCGAAUAGAAAUGUUGUGACAGCGGUCUUCGGCGUGCAGCAGGCAGCCAAUUUUGGCAAGUAUCUGGGCUUGCCGGCCUUUGUGGGGAGAAAUAAACGUGCUGUAUUUGCAUAUAUUGGUGAUAAGAUUUUGGUGGCAGAAUGGGAGGGAUGGUGGGGAAUACAUUGGAUGGCAUGGGAUAAGUUGAGUAAGCCAAAGAAGUUCGGUGGGUUGGGAUUCAAGGAUUUGAGGGCAUUUAAUUUGGCUAUGCUGGGUAAGCAGAGGUGGAGAUUUCUUACUAAUCCUCAGUCUUUGGUUGCCAGAGUUUAUAAGGCCAAACGCAGGAUAGGGAAUGGAGAUGAUACUCUCGUGUGGGGAGAUCCGUGGUUGAUGGGUGAUUCCACUCCUAAAAUUUUAUCUAAUAAGCCUGAGCAUUUGGGUGAAGUGAAAGUUUCUGGGUUAAUAGACCCGUGUAUGGUGGGAGAUGAUUUUGGUGUGUGGCUUGAGGCCUUGUUCCAGAAAGUUGGUGCCCCUCGUCGCGUUCAUGCGAUGGCCGUGGCUUCGGUUGAUGCUUGGCGUGCGGCAUGGCAGCACGGUACGGAGACAGCAACUGGACAGCAGCGUCACGCGGCACCUACGGGCGCUGCAGGGAUUAAUGUUGAAGGCCUGCACUACUCAUUUGAUGCGAGUUAUGUGGCCGCAUCCGGGAUGGGUGUUUUUGGCCUCAUUUUGCAACGUGUGGACGGUGGUUUCGUUGCAGCUAAGAACGGCCCUUUGCCAACAUGCCAGGGUCCUUUCAUGGCGAAGCGCUCGCAUGCAAAGAGGCCCUAUCUUGGCUCAUUGAUUGGGGUAUUACGGAGGUUGCACUUUGGACGGAUUGCUCAAGUCUUUGUCACGCCCUAA